UCACGAACACUGGUGGACACCGAGGAACUUUUUGCAGGACCCCGAAGUGUUGGGGUGAUCCCGCGGCGGGGUGAAGCGGGGGCAGACAGGGCCGAACAGAAAGUAGGAUGUGGGUCUGGUACCUCCUGCUCGGUUCGGGAACGGGCACGCGCUCGGUCGAGAGCCAGCUUCUGCCUGGAAAUAACUUCACCACUGAGUGUAACAUCCCAGCAAACUUCAUGUGUGGCGAUGGAGUGUGUAUCUCCGCAAGCUGGCAGUGUGACGGCGUUCCUGACUGCAGUGACAAGAGUGACGAGAAGGCUUGUCCAAAGGUGAAGUCUAAGUGUGCCCCCAAAUUCUUUGGCUGUGCCAAUGGUGUCCACUGCAUCAUCGGCCGCUUCAGAUGCAACGGAAUUCGUGACUGUCCUGACGGCAGUGACGAGGACAACUGCACUGGUAAUCCUCUCGUGUGCUCGGCAGCACGUUUUCACUGCCGAAACGGCCGGUGCGUGGACCGAAGCUUUCUCUGUAACGGCCAGGACAACUGCAAGGAUAACAGCGAUGAAGAGAACUGCCUCUCCACAGCAGAGGCUCCAGGACAGGAUUUUGUGACACUAGACUACCGGUUGCGCUACUACCCCAGCAUCACGUAUGCUGUCAUCGGCAGUGCCAUUAUCUUCAUCUUAGUGGUGGCGCUGUUGGCCCUAGUGCUGCAUCAUCAGAGGAAAAGGAGUGUUUUAUUGCCCCGUGUCGGUGCCCACCCUCACCACCAUCAGCCACUGCUGCUUUCCCGGCUGGUGAUUGUGGACAGAGGACAGGUCUCACCGCCGUCCUCCUCGCCGUCAGCACACUUCAGCUCGGCACACAGCCUGCAGAUGCUCACCAGCUCACUCUACCCACAAGGCACCUCACUGGAGUCACCUCCCUCAUACUCUCAGGCUGUGCUCGAUGUCAGUCGACCACCAUGGUUUGAUCUCCCGCCUCCCCCGUACCCUCCUGAUGGUGAAGCUACAGGUGAGAGACAGCCACCCGUUUAUGAAGCCUCAGCACCGGUCAGCGAGUCGCCCCGGCCCGGACAUGAUAGCGCACAAGCCCAGAGCAUCCCCCCCAGUAUCAGAUCUGAUACACGACAGCCUCCAUCCAGCAGCUCAGGCUCCAGCUCCUUGGUGGAGGCUCAGCAGCUCUAGCUGUCAGACAGGCUGCCAUUGUACAUAAGACACACAGACUUGUAGAACACUUAACACGUGGUGAACGAUGUAAGAUGUUACAUGCUUUGCAGCACAGGAACAGAAAAGUACUGCACCCCAAAAAAACUCGGAGCACUUCGACUGUUGAAAGGUGGAAGAUGCCAUCUGCUGGUAAAUACGUGUCAUUGCAGCUGAUAAAAGAAAUACAGGGAUGAGAAACUGAGGAUUCACGUUGUACAGAGAAGAUGUUUCAUUUCCAGAGUGGACUUCAAACGACAAACUUGUUCUGCAUUAAGUUGAUGCAGACACCAAACUACAAUGCCUUCACCUUUAAAAACACUAAAAUACUUAAAGACUACAUCAUCUUAAAUAACUGAAUAUUGUACUAAUUACUAUUAGUAGUGUAUUUUGUCAUUUAUUUUCACCCAGUGCUUUGUAACACUUCUUACUAUGCAAAGUGAAUUAUGUGAAGAAAAAACCCUUUACAACCAAAACCCAGUACAUCAGUGCUGUACUUUAGGAGUUAAUGAUACAUAUUGUACAUUAUCUAAGCUUUUUGAAGUCUCGUUAUUAUAAUCAAUGUGAAUUUAAUACAGCCAGUAGGAUUCAUUUACACAGAAUGAAGAACAUAAACUCUCUCAGUCUUUCUCUCAAGCUUUGUUUAAGUACUUACACUCUUAUACUCUUGCUUCCUUAGUAAAUCCCAACCACCACUAUGUUACCAAAGUGAGCCUUCCUAGUAAGGAUGGGCGAUUAGUCUUGUUUACAUCAACUUGUUUAUCAACCAACAUGGCUUUCUUGGUAACUUAUUGUCAUUUUUACUAGAGCUCAGUCUGUUAAACUACAGAAAUGUUAUACCUGGUGUUAUAAAACGGAUAGUUCCGGUCCUAAAAUCUGAUUGGCUGAGCCGCGUUCGAAGCCGUUGUAAAAUCCCCGAUAAACUCACACCUAUGACCACCUCACAUCAUUCCAUAUUAAUACGCCACUGAAAAGAAAAAGUUAAUGUUAUUUUUGCCCUCAUGUUGCCUAGCAACACUGUUAAUCGAACUACCUGGCGUCGUGGAAGAAUGCUUUAUUGUAAGUUUAUACACAAUAAAUACUAUGAUUAAACAUUGUUGUAUUUUAUUAUAUUUUAUGUUGACCGCUGUUUUAUAAAAGCAAUAAGCCACUCGAGACCGUGCGUUACUGCUAUGAUUUUAUCACGGGGAAAGAAGUUUUAGGCACUCCGCUUCGCGUCGUGCCAAAAACGUCAUCCCCGUGAUAAAAUCACAGUAACGCACAGCCUCUCGUGGCUUAUUGCUUUAUUUGACUAUGGGGUGUAUUCACAAGCCUUAAUAAUAAUGAGAAUAAUAAGAACCUAUGCUAUACUAAUUAUGUGAAGCACUUUUCACACAAAUCCAUAACUAAUUUUGGUAGUUUAGUUCACUAUUUAUUACCAUUAAAAUAUGCAGCCUAAAUAGAAUGUAUUAGGUGGCCCUUUUUCUGAAAAUCAUGUACAUUGUACCUUCAUUCUUGUAUAACAGAAUUAAUAUAUAACGUUUCUCUUCUAAAUUGUCUCUGAACUAAAAACCCAUUUCUAGUCUCAGUAAGUAUUACUGCAGGAGGCUCAUCAGCCAGUUGUAUUAUAUGAAUCCUUCUUCUUAUGGGAUAUCCCCUCCUAUUAACCCUGUGCAUGCCUUCUAGAAAUUUUAAGCACAUGCUGCACUAUAUGGCCAAGUUAUGUGGACCCCUAAACCAAAGCUUGAUGGAUAUCCAAUUCCCAAUUAACAGGCACUAGGAAGACUUCACUUCUUCAGUCAGGCUUUGUCUGAUUUUUGGGCUGAUUGGCUUUGUCUGAGGGGGUGGCCCCAUGAGGGAUUGGCGUCCUGUGUGGGGUGUGUCUGCUGCAUUGCACUGGACCUUCCGCAACCCUGACCAGUAAAAAACAAUGGUAAAACAUGACAGUGAAAUAAUAAAAAAAUAAAAAAAACGAUUUAUAUAGUUGGUAACAGUGGGUGUCCUGAACUCAGUCAUUAGAGGCUGUCCACAUAAUUUUGCUAAAUAGUGUAUAUUUAAUAGUUUAAGCCAUUGUGCCUUAAAGACCAAAAAUAGAUUUGUAGAAAUGUAGUCAUUAAUUACACCUAUUGUAUAAGGGAAACUGUAAUCAUUAUUGUGAUCACGUUUGAAGGAAGCUUUUAUCGUGCUUAUCUGACAAUCAGUUUCUCUGCAGUCACUUACGUACGUGUUUUGAAUGCAAAUUAAAAAUGUUUACGUUUGUACAAAUGAUAGCCCAGUGUUAAAAAGAACACUUUGUGUGAUCCUUUAGGUAAAUAUUACUAUUACUCUCAAAGUAUUAUUUCAUAAGCUAGCCAUUAAGGUAUGACAUCAUUUCACUGUACAACUUUAUUGAUGUGUGAGGCAUUGUGAUACAAUAAUCUACUGUUAAACAUUUAUCUGACUUAAAUCAAUUUCAGUAUGCUAUAAAUAAUCCUGAAAUUUGUAAAUGUGAAUUGCACAAAAAAUGAACUGCCGUUUGUAAAUCCAACACAUCAGAUUGUUAUUUGUGACUUGUACGUUUUGCUAUGGGACAGAUUUGUGUGAAGGAUGGAGACUUGUUUGAAGUCAUUAUUUUCUGUUUGCUGUUUGUCUCAUGUGGACGAAGUGGUACGUUUGUGUCUGUAUUUAAAAACAAAUAUUUGUGAAUAUAAGGGUAAACUGGAAAGUUGUGUAAAUGGAAAGUAUUACUUUAUUACAUGUGUCCUUCUGUAAAUAAA